AUAUUUAUUAAAUACAUAUUGCAAUUGCAUAUCAUUCAUCUAUAUUUGAUUGUGCAUGAUAUACAAAUAUGAAUAAUAUAAAAAAUUAUUUCUUAUUUAUUACUGUCAUGUUCAUUCAAUUACACCUGAUAACCCGGUAGUAACAAAUGUAUGAAUAAUUCGUCAAAUCUUUUGUCUGAUAAUUUUAACGAUAUCCUCUAUAUUCCACUUAGUUCAUGCUUUGGUGUUCUUUUAUCAGCCAUCUGCAGAUUGCACGAAUUAGAUAUACGGAAGAACAAAAUGCCGAUAAGUGUAUUCUGGAUGUAUUGUUGUACUUAUUUCACCCUAUUUGUUCGAAAACAUCAGAAAUUCUGUUAUGUGGGAACAUUAAAUUUGAUAUUAAUGUGAUUUGAUAUAACGCUUAUAUAUUUAGCGCGAUCUACGUCAUACUUUAUAAAACGCUACAAUCAAUGUGCCAUCUGACUUCUAAGGUUCAGUGUUUUGUCUACCGAAGUGUCAUUUUUUUAUGAGUACUGUUAUCGACCAACAUAAAAGAAAGAUGUGCUAUCAAGCAGUGUCACAAUUACAAAAUACUUGAUCGAUUAAUUCAUCUCAGGUUUAUGAAAGAAGCUACAUCAACUAAAAUUACUAAUAAAAAAAAAGAUGUCAGGCGGGGAACGAAAGAAACGUGCUUGCGAUAGAGCACAAGGUUGGGAAGAGGCAGGUGCUGAAUUUUAUCAGGAAAGUUAUCCUGCGGCAAUUGAAGCAGAUUUACAACAAGCAUUACAAAGAGAUCCUUCUCAUAUAGCUACUUUACUUCCAAGUAAAAAGUCUCGUGUUGCAACAGCUAAACGAAUACGUAAUGAUACGAAAACAACAUUAAGGAGACGUACUAGUACAAGAUCUCGUGGCACAACUACAUCAAGACGUAUGUCAACAAAUGUUCACGAUGCAGCAGUGUCCAUGUUGCCAGACUUGUCUGAAAAUUUGUCUAAUGAGGAACGUACAUGGGAAGAGAUAAUGCAAAUUAAGGCUAUGCCUGUAUGCAUGGCACAAAAGAUACAAUUAAAAAAUCAGUUGCAAAGUGCAACAAAAUUAAGGUUGCAAGGCUUUGAACAAUUAAAAUGGCAACGAAGGAAAGCUUGGCAACAAUUUCGUAUAAGAAUGAAAGAGGCCUAUUCGAAAAUGGAGUUAUGGAAUGAUAGUCUUAAAACGAUUGGAGGAAAUUUUGGAAUGGGAAUAGUAGCAUACUUUUUAUUCAUCAAAUGGUUGAUGUAUCUUAAUAUUCUUUUAUUUGCAAUUAUGUUCUUGUUUAUUGUGUUACCUGCAAUAUUACUUGAAAUGCCAGAACAAGAAUCGUGUAUAAAUUCUAAUACCAAUUAUAGUAUAGCUUGCUGUUCAGAACUAUAUUUAAAUAUAACUCAAGGAAGUAUCGGUGUAACAGAUAUUUUGCACGGUAUUGGUAUUUUAGAGUACACAUUAAUGUUUUACGGUUCAUAUAGUCAUAUGACUUACGAAAACUCCGGCUUUUCUUACGACUUACCAUUAUCUUAUAUUUGUGCUACUAUUGGGGUAUUUAUUGUUAGUUUAAUAGCAAUCGUUAAGUCUGCUGCUAAAAGUUUCAAACAAAGAGUAGUUGAAAAUGAGGGUCAAUUUUAUCAGUAUUGUAAUUUAGUUUUUGGUGGAUGGGAUUAUUGUAUACACAAUGAAAAAUCUGCUGCCGUUAAGCACAAAGCAUUAUUCAAUGAAGUGAAAGCAUUUUUAGAAUCUGAAAGAUUAGAAGAAGAAAGGCAAAAUCGGACAAGAGAGGAGAAAACAAAAUUGUUUCUUACGCGUUUAUUUAUUAAUUUAAUUAUUUUAAUGGUAUUAAGUGGCUGUGGGAUAUUUAUUUACUACAUAUUUGAGUUUUCUUUUGAUCAGGCUUCAUCGGAUAUGGAUGAAAGCUAUGAGAGCUAUAUGUCUCUAAAUAGAAUUAUUCAAUUAUUUUUUGAGUUUCUACCGUAUAUAUGUAUCGUUAUUUUGAAUCUUGCGGUACCAUUUUUAUUUCGAUAUUUGGUCACUUUAGAAAAUUAUAGCCCGUCAUUUGUUAUACAGAUAACUCUUUUGCGAACAGUAUUUCUACGACUUUCUUCUUUCGUCGUUUUACUUACAUCAUUUCAUAGAUUAAUUGCAGGCGAAGUAGGAGAUAAUCAAUGCACUGCCAAUGAUAAUAAAUUACGAUUAUGUUGGGAAACAUUUGUAGGGCAACAAUUUUUCAAACUUUAUAUCACUGAUAUUUUUAUUCAGUUUUUUAUGACAUUUUUCGUAAAUUUACCAAGAUCAUUAAUAGCAAAACACACAGAAAAUAAGGUAUUACGGUUUUUUGGCGAACAAGAAUUUGAUUUACCUAAGCAUGUGUUAGAUGUUGUUUAUUUGCAAACUAUUUGCUGGCUUGGUUGCUUUUUUGCACCUUUGUUACCAUUGGUGGCAGUGAUUGGAACUUUUUUCUUGUUUUAUAUCAAAAAGUUUUCUUGCUUAGUGAACAGCACUCCAUCCAGUAAAAUUUAUAGAGCAAGUAACUCAAAUUCGCUUUUCAUGCUAAUUUUAUUAAUUUCUUUUAUUCUAACUACAAUUCCAGUUGGUUAUUCCAUUGCAGAGCUAGUACCAUCAAAAUCUUGUGGGCCAUUUAGAGGCCGUAAAUCUGUAUGGACAUUAUUAAUUUUAGUAUUUGCUCGUUUUCCUAAUUGGCUUCAAUCAAUUUUAUAUUUUCUUGGCACUGCUGGGUUUGGUGUACCAGCUUUUCUUGUUCUCACACUACUUUUAUAUUAUUUUUAUGCAGUAGCAGUAGCAAAUAAGCAUAUGGUCACAGUUUUAAAGAAUCAGUUAGUACUAGAAGGACAUGAUAAACAAUUUUUGCUGAAUAGAUUGAGUGCAUUUAUAAAACAGCAACAAGAUCAGAACAAAUACCAUCAAGACCAGGCAAAUGAGUUGGGCACAUUUUCAUAAUUUAUAUUCUGAAUACUGAAAUCAUAUUUUUUUCAUAAUUUUAAAAGUGCACAAAUUUAGCAAUGCAUAUACUUAUAUGUAAACUACAUAUACAAAUUAUUUUUAUUUCAGUAUUUUUACUUGCUAUGUGAUAACAAGACUGUUCAACUCUCCGUUCCAUUAAUUAACUGAAUGAUAUUGAAAAUAAUUUAGCAAAUUAGAAUUCAGUUAAAAGAGUCAAAUAAUUUUUACUCGAUUCCUUUAAUUUUAACUGAUGAAACAAUUUCAGAAAACAAGGAAGAAAGAAAAAACAUACUUAAGAAAAAAUCAGGGUACAAAAUGAACACUGUGCAAUAGUAAAAAAAUUGCAAAGUAUUAACUAUGUAUUUGUAGUUUAAGGUACCACUAACAGUUAAGAUUCAUAUAAAAGUAGCAGUAGAAAGUAUAACAUCAUUUUUUAAGAGAUGAUUUUGCAUAAAACGUUAGAAGAAAUAAUUUUGUUUCUUUCGUUUUUAAUAACAACAUGGAAUAUCAUAAAUUCACUUCUUGAAUUUAAAUAGGGUGCUUUUGAUAAAACGAAGUGAAGUGAUAUAUGAUGGACCUAUUUUUAGAUUACCUGAGUAUUAGAAAUGUAAUGCAAUUGUAAAUAGGUUUUUUAGACAAAUCAAGAGAUGUUUAAAAAUAAGAAAAUAUUUUAUAGUAGACUGUUUAUUACAUGUGUACCAAAGUAACGAAAAA